ACAAUCUAGUAUGAUAAAAUGAUUUCCCAAAACGAUUUUUUGCGAAAAAAUCUGAAGAUGGUUCAUGGCUAUCCUAUGAUCUAUGCUUUUACAAACAACUGGGAAAAUAUUGAGCAAUUCCAAAGCAGACCAGAUGACAUCGUGAUAGUCACUUACCCCAAAUCAGGUACUACAUGGAUUAGUGAAAUUGUGGAUAUGAUUCUAAAUGAUGGAGAUGUUGAAAAAUGUAAGCGAGAUUUUAUUACUGCUAAAGUUCCAAUGUUGGAAAUGUCUCUCCCUGGACUAAGAAUCUCAGGUAUUGAACACUUAGAAAGGAAUCCAUCACCCCGGCUUGUGAAGACACAUUUACCAAUAGAUCUUCUGCCUAAAUCUUUUUGGGAGAAUAACUGCAAGAUGAUUUAUAUGGCUCGAAAUGCAAAGGAUGUUGCUGUCUCAUAUUACCAUUUUAACUUAAUGAAUAAUAUUACCCCUCUUCCUGGCACCUGGGAAGAAUAUUUGGAGAAAUUUAUGAUUGGUGAAGUGGCCUACGGUUCCUGGUUUAAUCAUGUUAAGAGCUGGUGGAAGAAAAGGAAAGAAUACCCAAUACUUUACUUACACUAUGAAGAUAUGAAAGAGAAUCCAAAGCAGGAAAUCAAGAAGGUGAUUCAGUUUCUAGGAAAGAAGUUAAAUGAUAAGAUUUUGGAUAGGAUAAUUCAUCACACCUCAUUUGAAAUGAUGAAGGACAACCCUCUGGUAAAUUACACACACAUUCCAAGUAUAGUGAUGGAUCACAGCAAAUCCUCUUUUAUGCGCAAAGGAAUUGCAGGUGACUGGAAAAAUUACUUCACAGUGGCCCAAAAUGAGAAAUUUGAUGUUAUUUAUAAGAAGGAAAUGUCUGGAACUGAGCUUCAGUUCCGCACGGAAAUUUAAA